GCGGAUCAUGAUUUCACGAACAACGCCAUUUCGACGAAAGUUACAGCCAUUGGUCACACAGAAAAAAUCGAUAUUCAAGUCUUCUCGCAGUCUGGGUAGCACAUUAGCUCUAUCUCGAAUUGGCGUACGAGACGCCAUGGAUCACAAUCACGAACUGUUCGAAUAUACUUCGGGAAGAUGGAUGUAAGGCUGGACUAAGUAAUGUGUUCAGUACCCAUCAAACUUCUAACUACUUCUUCUAGAUACAACGAAGAUGUACGUUUAGCUGAAAGGCGCUUGUCCUUUAACGUCAAUGAGCUCAAGAAAGUCGCCGCAAGCUCUGUCAACAAGCCUGAGUCUGAUGUUAAGAGCCUUCAAAAAUUGGCGGAAGGCGGUUUCAACCGGAUCUUUGAAGUAGGUAUGAGAGAUGGAACAUCUGUUCUGGCUCGACUGCCAUAUCCCUCGACAUUGCCGCGUCGCUUGGCUGUGGCUAGCGAAGUCGCGACAAUGGACUUUGUCCGCGCACAUGGCAUUCCGACUCCACGAAUACUUGGAUACGCUAUUGAUGAGAAUCCCGUCGGCUCAGAAUAUAUUUUGAUGGAAAAGCUACCUGGACAGCCGAUCGGAGAUACGUGGUUUGAUCUAUCUGAACAGCAAAGGCUACAAGUUUUGCAUGACAUUGUCAAGCUUGAAUCUAAGCUGUUCAACAUCCAGCUGCCUGCUAGUGGAAGCAUAUAUUAUGCUCAUGACCUGGAUUCGAAUACUCCCAGGGUGAGCAUACCUGAAGCGGACGGUCAGUUCUGUGUAGGCCCGUAUACUGGGCUUCGUUGGUGGUUUGGUGAGCGUGGGGAUCUCAGGCUUGAUCGAGGGCCACAUGUUGACACUCUUCGCGCCCUUCAAGCUCCUGCUGAGAAGGAGCUAGCCUGGGUACGCGAGUAUGGACGGCCACGAUAUCCAUUUCACCGGCAACACAGAGAAGCCUUCCGGUACGAAAAACAAGACCCAAUGAUCCACGCAGAAUCCCUGGAAGAAUACCUGCGUGUGGCGCUGCAUCUCGUACCGACAAGCCCGGAGCUCAACCUUCCUGUCCUUCGCCAUCCCGACGUCCAGCCGAAUAACGUCUUCGUAUCUGAAGACUACAAAGUCACUAGCCUUAUCGACUGGCAGCAUGCCACUGUUCUUCCAUUAUUCCUUGCGGCUGGUAUACCGAACGCGUUCCAAAACUAUGGCGAUGCUGAGUCGAGAGCUUUCACGCCCCCGCAUAAUCCUGACCCGGCUCACCUUGACUCCCUAGACGAUAUCGAGCGUAUCCAAGCUCAAGAGGAGUUUCGUCGCAGACACGUACACUUCUUCUAUCUCGGGUUCACUCAACGAUUCAACCAACGACACUGGCGUGCUCUCGAUGAAGAGACAGACCUACUCAAGCGCCGAAUCUUCGACCACGCCGGCGAACCAUGGGAGGGCCUCAAUACAGCUCUUCAGUACGACCUUGUUCAAGUCUCACAAAACUGGGAUAAAAUUGCUCCCCUGAAUCACGAUGGCACUGCACCAACAUGUCCUGUAUCUGUCACACAAGAAGAAGCUGAACGCAUUGAUGCUCUAGAUGACUCGCAUCGCGACGCGGAUGGCGAUGUGGAACAGAUCAACGAGCUUCUUGGUAUAGCAUCCGACGGAUGGACCCCACACGAACGGUUUGAGAGCGCGAAGAGAAAAGCAGCUGAGAUCCGGGAGCAAGCACUGGCCUCGGCAGACGACGACCCUUGGUUAAGAGAAAUGUCUGAGCGGCAUUGGCCGUUUGAUGACUAUGAUGAGGAUGAGUGAAGAAUGAUUGACGAUCUCAUAUCAUGCUCUAUACCUCGUGGACUGAAUUAUCAUCAUUGUGUGAAGUUGAAGUACAAGUUCACUUGCGAAAAUCUAGUCCGCCGGCACGUCACUUAAAUAGAGCUGAGCAA